CCCCCUGUUUCUUCCUCUCAGGGUUUUUGGUGUGAUCUUUCACAGUGCUCAGUAAUGUGUUGCAGCCAGAGUGACUGAUUUGGCUCUGAUCACCUGGAUUUGGGCAUCAUGAUUCAGCAGGCGCUUCUGGCUUUGCUAUUUACACUGGCCAGAAUCCUGCCUGGCCCCCUGGAUGCCCAAGAGGUACACCAGUCCCCCCGAUUCGUGAUCGCCUCUGAGGGGGAUUCCAUCAACAUCACCUGCUCUACAAGAGGGCACCUGGAAGGGAUCUUAAUGAAGCGCAUCUGGCCUCAGGCUUACAAUGUGAUUUACUUUGAAGACGGGCAGGAGCCCACAGUAGAUGAGACCUUCUCAGGCCGAAUUCAUUUCUCUGGUUCCCAAAAGAACAUGACCAUCACCAUGCACCUCCUCCAGCUGGCAGACACUGGAGCCUACACCUGUGAGGCUGUCAGAAAAGUCAGUGUCCAGGGCUUGUUCACCACGGUUGUGGUAAAAGAAAAACUAUCCCAAGAAUCAUGCAGAUCCCAGGAACCUCUGCAGAUGUCAGUUUUCCUCCCAGUUGCCAUUGCUGUAGGCUUCUUCCUCACUGGGCUGCUCAUUGGGGUGCUAUGCAGUAUGCUGAGGAAGGCACAGAUCCAGAAACUGUGUGCCUCAGAGAAUAAGGACUCUCCAUGCGUAGUGUAUGAAGACAUGUCCUACAGCAACCGCAAGACUCCAUGCACCCCUGAGCAGUACCGUUGAGCCCCAAGCCUUGUUUCAGCAGAGCUUACAGCAGUCCUGCUGACUCCCAGCCCAACUCCCCCAGCACCCUUCCUGUGGCACUCAAAUACCCACCUUGGUGCUUCUGGGUGGAUGGGAUUCCUCCUCUGUAAGCUUCCCCGUAGGGCUCUGGAGUCUGUCACCAACCCUAGCCAGGUACCCCUGACAUUAGGGACAAAGCUUGAAAGGGAAAAAGUGGUACCUGCCUUGGAGCAGCCUGGCCAGGAAAAGUUAAAUAAACAAACAAAUACAUAAAUAAAG